AUGGAUGUUGCUAAACAACAACAAGAAACAAUGAAAUUGUCAGAUGCAAAUGCGGCUGCUUAUACCGUUCGCCCUAAUUUCGAAGAAAAAUUUCGUUCAACAAAAAUUCAAGAUAUAUUAUAUAGUUGUAUUAGUGAUGUAUUAGGUGAUAAAAAAUAUGAGCAAGAAGCAUGUUCUGAAUGGACUAAAACAAUAACAAUUAAUAUUCGUGAUCGUUUAAAAUCAUCAAAUAUGAAAUUAGAACGUUAUAAAUUUAUUGUUCAAUGUGUUAUUGGUGAAAAUAAAGGACAAGGAGUGAAAUAUGGAUGUCGAUGUUUAUGGGAUUCAGAUACAGAUGGAAUGGCUGAAUAUGUUUAUUUGAAUGAAAGUUUAUUUUGUGCUGUAGCUACAUUUGGAAUAUUUUAUUAUUAA